CAGUGAAUGAGAAAUGUUUACCAUGUUCAACCUGCUCGUCAAGGGUCAAAUUAUUACCCUGUGGUUCCUCAUCAGCACCUCAACCGCCAUAUUAGAUGAUGUUGUGUUUCUCAACAUGCAAUGCAACUCCUCUGUGCAGUUCUCCUGUACCUACCCAGAUGAAAGCAACAUUAAACCGUUUGCAUUUACUCUGCAGCGUCAAUGGGUGAAUCCCGAAGAUGUGUUUUAUUUACACUUUGGAUUAAAACCCAGAGUUUCAAAUCCAAAGUUGGAGGGACGCAUCUUUGUGCAACAUGAUACAAGCAAUCAAAGAGUCAACGUGACAAUCAACGACCUGCAGAGCUACGAUAUUGACCUGUACAUCUGUAAAUUUCACUAUGAUCUUCAGUCAAACUUUCACAGCCAUGUUAGCAAGAAUAUGUUUUUCCUCUUUGUCAGAGAUUUCUCUCUUUUAUCAUCAGAAGCAACAGAUUGCAGUCGUUCUAAUCAUGAGCCGUUGCUGUUCGCUCUCUCAGCUGCAGCAGGACUGCUCUUCAUCAUUCUACUCAUCCUUGCUGCAGCCUAUCGUAGCAGAAGAAACAAACCAAGCCCACAGUUAACUGUUCCCAUCUAUGAGGAGAUGAGCGGUGCGAGAGAGAAACUAAAGAAGAAUACUGAAGACGCUACUUACGCCCAUCCCAAAAAAGAGAACCCAUACAUCAACUAAUGACUGCACAGGCAGGUGAAAAGGAGAAGAAAGAGUAAAAAAUUUAAGAUUACAUGCCAUUUUCCAAAAUGAGGUUGUAGGGUGUUUCAAAUUAUGUGCUAUUCACUGAAGAAUGUGCAAUAUAUAGCAAAAAGAGUGCAGAUUGAGACACAGCCAUUCAGUUUGUUGUCUGAAGCAGUGCCUCUUCUCUGUUCCAUGUACAGCCUGAUACAGGGAGUUUUCAAUUUUAUAUCUGAAUAAUUCAUGUUUAUUAAUUCCAGCAACAGUUCUCAUACUGUUCUCAUACAGUUCUCAUAUUUGAUCAUUUGGUCUACAGCUCGCAGCUCUGAACAUGCUCUGUAUUUAAGAGCCAAUCUUUCUGUGCUUCCUCUAUUUUUUAAAUCUGUUUUUAUGUUAAUACUUUGGUCCUGCAGUUUUGGCAGUUAUUGUUAUAAUGUGUUUAGUAAAUAUUAAGAAAGAAA